AUGGAAAGUUUUGAAAAUUUAGACGAUAUUUUACCUGACUGGGUGAGCGAAGAUUUCGAAAAAAGUCUUGUCGAGGCUGUGGACAGUUACGAUAAACAGGAGAAAGAAAGAAAAUCACGUUUCUAUGUCGAAAACGACUUGACAAAACUACUUAAGCAGUCGCAGUCGAACGCGACUAAAAGAAACACAAAAUGGGUAGUGAAAUUAUUUCAAGCUUGGUGUCAGGAAAGAAACAUCACAACACCACUUCUUAAAAUGAACACUAAGGAAUUAGACCAAAACCUAGCAAGAUUUUAUGUGGAAGCCAGAACAAAACUAGACCCUGUGAUCAGGGUAACUGGGAUACCUGGAUGGUACUGGAUCCUUGUGUAG